AGCACAGGCCAGGCUGUGGGACAAGGUCUCCCGAAGGCAACCCUGGCAGUUGCCGAGCGAGGGUCGAGACGAUGCAAGUCCCCCGGAUCCCGCCCCUUCGUUGGUCAAGAAGCCUUUGCAGGCGCCUCAGUGGGCCUGGGAUAAGGGGCGCUCCUAGGAGGUUCGGCGCUGUGGCUGGGGGAAGCGGUGGGCGGCUGGACCUGCGCGGCAUCUACCCACCCCUGACGACCCCCUUCACCUCGCAAGGAGAGGUGGAUUAUGUCCGUUUGGAGGAGAACGUGCGUCUUUACGAUAAGGUUCCCUUCCGAGGUUUUGUGGCGCAGGGCUCCACUGGAGAGGCCCCCUACUUGACACAGCAGGAACGUCUGGAAGUGGUGAGACGAUUACGACAAGCUGUGUCCAAGGAAAAACUGCUGCUUGCUGGGUCCGGAUGUGAAACAACUCGGGGCUCUAUUGAAAUGACAGCACAAGUGGCUGAUAAAGGGGCUGAUGCUGCUCUUGUGGUGACUCCCUGCUAUUACCAAGGGAGCAUGACCAGCGCUGCCUUGAUCCAUCAUUACACAGAGGUGGCUGAAGCAUCUCCAAUCCCUGUGAUACUCUACAGUGUCCCAGCCAAUACGGGUCUGGAGAUUCCUGAUGACGUGGUGCUCACCCUGGCACAGCACCCCAAUAUUGUGGGAAUCAAAGAUAGUGGUGGCAAUAUUACCCGCUUGGGGCUGCUUGUCCAUAAAACGAAGAAUGAAAACUUCCAGGUCCUGGCGGGAUCAGCUGGUUUUCUGCUGGCCAGUUUCAUUGUAGGUGCUGUUGGCGGAAUCUGUGCCCUUGCCAAUGUGCUUGGUACACCUCUUUGUCAACUUGAGAGUUUGUGCUUUUCUGGAAGUUGGGACAAGGCCUGUGAACUGCAGCACAGACUGAUUGAGCCAAAUGCAGCAGUGACUCGCAAAUUUGGAAUCCCAGGCCUUAAGCAGGCCAUGGAAUGGUUUGGUUACUAUGGAGGUCUCUGUCGUGCCCCUUUGCUCCCAUUAAGCAAGACACAAGUGACGGAGCUGCACCAGGAUUUCACCUCUAAUGGCUGGCUGUGAAGAAGAAAGCCAUUCCAUAUAAUAGUUGGAACCUUGAGAUAGUCUGUAGGGGUUAGGCAUCAGUUGACACACUCCUUGCAAAUGAGUAAAACACAGCUAAUUCAACCUACAGUGUAUUCACUGGUGUGUCUGAAAGACCAAAUGCUACACCAGCAGUAAAACAAAGGAAGGAAACUUUCAUAA